AUAUCCAAGUCAUCUCUCGCCCGGAUAUAAUUUUUAUGUGUUGUUGAAACUUUGCUUUAGAACAAUCGGAUGAUUCAACAAUUGUGACAAGGCUUUUAUCUAUUUUUUUAAUUUAUUUUUUAGUAAUUUUGACUUUAGUAUCCUGGUUUGUUUUCUGUCUAAAAUAAUGGAUUAUAAAUUUUAUGUUGGAUUUGCAAUAAUCGGCUUAGUAGUCGGCAUUGUGACGGCUGUCCAACCUGUAUUUAAAGACACUACAAGUAAUAUAACGGCUAUUCAAGGGGACGAUGUAAUACUACCAUGCACAGUUCUGAAUACAUCGGCCAAUAUUGAGGUAAACUGGACGAGCCCAAAUGGGGAGCAGUUGACAUAUGGUGAAAACGUGCUGUUGGAUGGUGAUCGGUAUAGUGUAGAACGCCAAAGUACAACGAACUGGAAUCUAAAAAUAAAAGCUGUUUACAUUUCUGAUAGCGGUACUUAUGUAUGUGAAAUCAAAAGCGACACGCCACAGAGGAAGAGCGUACAUUUUACUGUCAAAGCAACCACCGUUAUACAGCUGGUUGGAUCAGGAGAUAAGACAACACAGUCCUCAACGACACUGUCGCCAACAACAGAGGACCCCAACAUAUGUUCGGGUAUUCGGCCCUGUCGUAACUCUGGCAUCUGCGUAAAUGGCACGUGCACUUGUACCAAAGACUUCAUAGGUAGCUUCUGCGAGGAACCCACAGUCUGUCCUCUUAAUGCCUGUAACAUAAAUAAUACUAAGAACUGCUCUGUAGAGCUGGAAAAUGGUUCCUUCGUAUACAAGUGCAAGUGUCUUCCGUUCUAUAAAGGCGAUCACUGUGAAAGGUAUGACUUUUGUGUAUUUUAUCCGUGUGAAAACAAAGGACGCUGUGAGCCGCUGUACCCACAAAACAGUUAUAAAUGCCACUGUCUACUUGGGGACCCGAAUAACGACUGCAAACUGAACAAGAGAGACAACUGCCUUGCGAGGCCACCUUCAAACCCAAAUGCGUAUAUAACAUGCAUUGAUCAAAUAGAUUCUUAUAAGAUGUAUUGCAGUCCUGGUUAUUCUGGGGAGAAAACUGGUUGUUCUAAAAAUGAAAACUUGGAGUUAUAUUGUGACCGAAGCGGACCAGGGUACUGCACUGAUGAAGGCUACUGUAAGCCACUGUGUAAUGCAAACGUAUGUAACGGUAUAGAAAACUGUAAAUUCACGGCAGAUCCUUACAACACAACCGGUUUUGAUACGAAAUCAGACUGUGUUCAGGCUUUCGGAGACGGCUACGAUCAUCCAAACUGCCACGCAGAAGAUACGCUAUUUGAUGGAUUUGACGCGAAAAUAAAUGGACUUAAAGACUGCAGCCCAUUUUUCGACACAGUUUGCACACGUGACUUCGGUAACGGAGACUGCAAACCGGGAUGUAAUAAUGCUGACUGUCUUUUUGACGGCUUUGAUUGUUUGAACGUCACUGAACUUGCUGGAGUGGUAGUUGUAGAAUUCAAAGGGCAGUUAGAAGCUCCUUUGAACGCCUUACAGAACAAUAUGUCAAUGAUGUUGCGAUCUGGUGUCAGUCUAACAGAAGAAACAUUCAGAGAUGAACCAAUGACAAUCCUUUCACUGAGGAUUACAGAAACAGAAUUUACCGACAUAGAAUAUGCCGGCAAGUUUUUGGCGGCCGCCGUUGCUAAGCGACCGGGAUGGCUGGAUGGUGUUAAAAUAAAGGAUAUUUUUGUAUGUCCGGCUGGAAGUUACAGCAGCACGUAUUCUGACAAGUGUAGGAGAAAAUGUAGCACAUGCAUACAGGAUGAUGACGUCUGUGACUGGAAAACAGGGGCGUGUCUUUAUGGGUGUCUACCUGCUCACUCGGGAGAAUUUUGCAAACCGUGUGACGCUUGCAAACAAAAGGGAGAAGUUUGCGAUCCUUUUUCGGGAGAGUGUCUUCAUGGGUGCAAAUCAGGUCACUGGGGUCAUGAAUGCGUUGUAUGCUUCUCGUGCAAACAAGAAGGCGACAUCUGUAACAAUGUAACAGGAGAGUGUUUACACGGGUGUAUUAAUAAUAACUUCUAUGGCGCCAUGUGUAAGCAGUGUCCGCAGAAUUGCGUCGGGGGCUGCAAUGAAAAUGGACACUGCAAUACCUGUCCAUCUGACAGACACGGGAAAACUUGCGAAAAGUUAUGCGAUGAAAAGUGUCGAAGUGGUACAUGCACUCGUAACACCGGCAUCUGUGAGUGUAAAGAUGAAUACUACUGGUCAGACCAUGAUAAAAGGUGUGUUAAUUGUAGUGAUGGAUGCAAAGGGCACUGUAACGUCUCGUCCGGUUCAUGUAUUUGUAGGGAUGGUUACUAUGGCAGCAAGUGCAUUUUUCAUUGUAUGGAUAUGUGCUUAAAUGGGACAUGCCACGUGAACGGGACAUGUGACAAAGGGUGUGACCCAGGUUAUUAUGGCCCUACGUGUGCUAAUGCAUGUCCUAGUGGGUGUAACGCGUGCUCACGAGAAAGCGGGCUGUGUGAAGGGAACUGCAAACCAGGAUAUGAAGGGUCUAAGUGUGAAAAGAGCGCCGGCCGAAGCGGAUACAUUGAUGACGUAACUGACAAUACUGGUGUUAUCAUUGGUGUCAUCAUCUCCUUGCUACUUGUUGUACUUAUACUUCUUGUUGCCUGUUGUUACUGGAAGAAACGAAAGUCUGGAGAUUACGUGAUGGAGGACGAGGAGAUGGAAGAACCGCCACCAAAAGAAACGAACACAAUACACGUGCAUACUAACAUGCAUAUGCAGCCAACUUCUCCGUUACUUGGGCACUCAUCGGAUAUGAUAGAACUUGACGAGAAACAAAAUGUAGCUGUAUACGCCGGUCCUGGACCAGGCCAAACUGCAGAAAAUGGAGACAAGAUGCCAGAUGGCAAGGGGCCAGAAGAAAAGGAGCCGGAAGCCGACAAGGGGCAACCAACAGACGACAAUUCAGGGGAUGCAUCAGAUAACAAAGCAGAAGAUACAGAUAAAAAGAACGAGAGAUGUACGUCUUCGGUGGUGAUGGAAAUAGGUACAGGAGGUAGGGUGUUGUCUGUAUCUGACGGAGACGAAGCACAGUCACCUACUCUAAACAAAGAAGCUGAACUACCUAUUGGUGAGGAAGAAGAAAGUAUGGAAGAUGACAGUGUAUUUGCUAAUCCACCUCAAAGUCCACUGGGAGAGGUUCGAGCCCCAUUAGCUUCGGAGGAAAAUAUUCUCGCCAGCCUAGGUCCUAAAGAGAUUGAACGAGACACUGCUGAUGAGCCUGUGGGACUAGAUGAAGAGCUAGCAAAGGAGGAAGAUAAAGAAUCAAAAAGGUCAAGGUCAAGCAGUUCCUCUAGUUCCAGCUCAAACUCUAGCAAAUCUAGCAAGAAGGACAACCAUGCGGUUACCACUGAAAUGUGACCGUGACACCAACACAUCUACUUAUUUAAAAAUUUAUACAUAGUAACAAGACUGUACAAAAACGUUACGCACUAAAACGACAAAAGAAAACCAAAGAAACGUUGAAUGAUUUAUACAAAAUGCAAUAUGCAUUUGAACGAAACAGUUGGCUGACUUUUAGUACAUGUACAAUAUGUACGUUGAUGUCAAACAUCAAUAAUGCAAUGAAGAUUGUUUUGUUAUACUAUUAUGUAUGUAUGUAUGUAUGUAUGUAUGUGCUAUUUUUGUAUUCUCUGUAUUUGUGAGUCAAAAGGCGUUCUGUAUGGAGGGGUUUCAUUUUUAUCUGACAUACGUUUUACCCAAUGUUUGGAAAACUACAAUAAUUAACAGUUGAGAUUGUGGAGAAAAUACUAACGACUGCUGUAGUAUUUUUUACAAUUUUUGUUUUCUCUAGUAGACAGUAUUGUACCUGUUAUCAAAGAAAUGUGUAUUUCAUUUAUGUAAUACUGUGUACAGUAUAUUACUGAUGUCAAAUACAUGUCAAAGACUGAUAAUACAAAUAAAAAAUGAAUAUUUUUU